AUGGAUUUGCUUAAGAGGUUCUUAAACUUGAGUUACUCCACGCAUUCAAGGAUUGGAGUGUUGCUCCGCGUUAUAUUUUUACUCUAUGGAAUGUACCAUGAUAGUAGAUAUGUAGUGCCAUACACCGACAUUGACUAUCAAGUAUUCACUGAUGCAGCAAAAUAUGUGUAUAAUGGAGAGUCACCAUAUAAAAAACAUACAUACAGAUACAGUCCUCUUCUAGCUAUGAUUUUGACGCCUAACGUGUUUCUAGACAAGACUUUUGGCAAAAAACUCUUUUGCGUAUUCGAUAUGCUCAAUGCGAUUUUAUUAAAAAAAAUUGUCGAAAACCAAACCGAUUCAAAAAAUGCGCGCCAAAUCGCAACAUACUGUUCAUUAUUUUGGAUUUACAAUCCGAUGAGUAUAGCUAUAUCUACCAGAGGUAAUGCUGAUUCGUUGCCAUGUUUUGUACUCAUCAUAUCGAUAUUAUUUUUACAAUUGCACGCUAAGAGCCUAUUGAAAUAUAUUUUAUCAGGAGUAUUCCUCGGUCUAGCCAUCCAUUUACGUCUCUACCCUGUAUUUCUGAGUUUACCUAUGUAUUUAUCAUUGGGAGAGUAUAAAAUCCACAGAAAUACACAAUUCAUUGAUGCUUUCAAAGCAUUGAUGCCGAAUACAAAGCAAAUAACUCUCACCCUUAGUUGUGUCUUCACAUUUAUUUCUUUAUCAUAUUUUCUGUAUAUCAAAUAUGGCUAUGAUUUUCUAUUUGAGACGUAUAUUUAUCAUUUUAUCAGAGAAGACACAAGACAUAACUUCUCAGUUUUUUUUUACUACGCAUACCUUACAAAAGACGAGUUUGCAUUAGAUAUGGUAAAGAUUAUUGCGCAAACAUUUGAGUUACUAAUCUUAUUGGUUUUAAGUCUAGCGUUUGGCACGAAACCAGUGACUCUACCCUUUGCUAUGUUUUCUGUGACUGUAGUACUUGUUGCUUUCAACACUGUAAUGACGUCACAAUAUUUUAUAUGGUUUUUGUCAUUACUUCCUUUAGUUGUACACAGUUUCAAAAUGUCAUUGACUAAGGCGCUCAUGUUGGUAUUACUGUGGCUCGGAUCACAGGGGAUUUGGCUUUAUUUUGCUUAUUAUUUGGAGUUUCAGUGUGAAGAUGUAUUCAUUCAUUUGUGGAUGGCGGGAAUUUCGUUCUUCGCAGCCCAAAUUUAUAUUUUAGCACAACUAAUACGAUGUUAUGAUCCCAACUAUGGCUUUGGACUUAUGACUUCUCAUUCUGAAUAGUUUUAGAUUAGACUUAUAGCAAUUGUAUAACUUAUUGAAUGUUUAUAGGAUUCAUAUAAUUGGUGUCAAUAAAAGAGUAGAUAUAA